AUGGUCGUCGGGUAUGACCCUUCCGGCACUAAUGAUGGUACCUCGGUUUUGAUGAGCAUUGUAGCGGGGGGCUUAUCAGCUUCGGUGUCCCGGAGUCUGAUUAACCCCUUCGAUGUCCUCAAAAUACGCAUACAACUUUUACCUCGGGACAUCAACUACGGAAUUUCGGAAAUGGUUAGGACAAUGAUUAAAAAAGAAGGAGUAGCUGUAUUUUGGAAGGGUCAUAUUCCUGCACAGUUGAUGUCCGUAUCUCAUGGAGUAGCACAAUUUUCAACAUAUGAACUACUGUCCAAAUGGACAGGAUCGUAUGAGCCUCAUGCAAAAUAUUUACCAGCGAUAGACUUCACUUGCGGUUGUGUCGCAGGGGCAGCGGGAACAGUAUUUUCAAACCCAGCUGAUGUUGUACGAACACGAGUUGUAGGCUUUCCUGGAAUCAAAUAUCGCGGAUUGUUUCCAACGGCUAUGGAUAUUUACAGAAAGGAAGGCGUAAAAGCUUUUUUUAGGGGUACUGUUCCGGGAGUCCUCAGUAGAGCGCCUCUUGCUGGAUUGCAGUUCUCGUUUUAUCGAAUAUCUGUCGAACUAUAUGAGUCACUGACAGAUUCAAUGCCUGGCGUUCCUGCCCAAUCAUCAUAUUUAUUUUCUGGAGCAUUGGCCGGCUUUAUAGCUGAAAGCACUAUUUAUCCUUUGGACACGAUACGGAAAAGGCAAAUGAUCCAAGGCCAAAGAUUCGUGCAAACAGACUGCAUCGCCAUUUGGAGCUGUGCUAAAUCUAUUUACUCGCAUGGUGGAAUUCGCCCUUUCUACAGAGGAUUUACAAUAGCAGCUUUAAAGUCGGCCAUCUGCAUUGCCUUACAAUUCACUAUUUACGAGGAAUUAACAUGA